AUGUCUUCGAAAAAAAGUGCCAAAACAGUAACGAUACAGUUGCGACCAGUGCAUCGUGGAAGAACUUCCACCGAACAGCAGCAAACAGCAGGUCCGUCCAGUGGGCCGCCUGUCAAACCGGUGGGAACUAAAUCGCGCUAUAAAAUUUAUGAAAUACCGCGAAAAUCCGAAUUUUCUGAAUAUCUCGAACGGAUACGGCGUGAACAAGAAGUACGACAGGACAGGGAUGCAGACAACCGAGCGAUACAUGCACGUGAUGAAGAAGCGGGUCCUAGUCAACAAUACGAACAGAACCUUCUCGCAUUCGAUAAACCCAUCACCGUCAUGCGACAGGGAAGUGUGGUCGAGUAUCGACCGAAGGAGCGCCAUCCGUUCAAGGAGCUAGUCAGCAACUACCUAAGACGACCCUCACAUCAGAAGGAAUCAUACCGACCAUACAAACUGCCCAUCAUACAAAGCUGGGAGCAAACGAUCGAAGAGUCGCUGAGAAAGAUGGCCGCGGGAAGAUCAACCCGGGGUGAAAUGUGGAAACAAUCGCGGCUAAAGUGGUUGGAAGAUUUGGAAGAAGCGAACAGAAAACUACCGGCAUCGAACAGAACCGUCAGUAGAGAGGAAGGUGUUGAUCCGGCUAUAUGCUGUUUUCUUAUGUGGUGUCGUCGCCGACAUCGUGUGUCAAAUGGAUGA